AUGACGGCGACGUUUCCCAAUGCCAACUAUACGCCUCGUCCGAAUUUUCUUAUCCAUUUCCUUGCCACGAAGGAUCUUAAAGGGCCAUAUGUGUUAGAUGAGACUCUGUUCAACGAUGAAAAGCUCGCGAUCUGGUUGUGCUCCAACACUACCAUCCUUCGACUUGAACCGCGUCUGCGAGGAUUCGCGGAACUUCAGGGAGUGGCUUUAUUAGAAGGGGUCACUAAACUCAAUACUCUCGUGCCCGAUGUCUGGCUCAUGCCUUGUAAACGGAUCGUUAGGGAAAGGCCGUUCGACGAGAACUUUGAUUAUCAGUUCGUUUCAUGCCAUCCAACUUUUGUUUAUCGUCGUAACCUGAUCGUCGCCAUUUCAGAUGAAGUCUGGGAUAGACUUGAAGACCCAGACACUCAAAAAUGGCCUCGCAAACGGGUUCCCCUUCGCAUGAUAUUCCAGGAAGCCCCGUUCUCUGAAAAGUCGGAGGAGGACCGGAGAUGCUUUCUCUCACAUGGCUGGCACAUUAUUGUCUCUCCUAUAUGUCUCUCCUAUAUGAUGACGUUCCUUCCACUAGCCAUCCAGAUCAAAGAUGAUGGGAUCCUCUAUGUUGAAUCUCCUGGCGAUUCUUGUGAAGUUGCCCGAGUUCAUCAAGACAUGCCGAAGGGCAUUGAGAUCGUCGUUUCUCCAACUAAAGGUCGAUCGCCCGUUACUUACCAUUUACGGUUAAGAUUCAAUGACGAGGGUCCUCCGCCUUUCUUGCCGAUUUUUCAAGGAUUUCUCGGCAGGGCGUUGGAGAACGCCGAAGAAAAAGUAGAAGUGAAGGGGAAGGCUCAAGAGGGGACGAAAGGCGAAGAGAAACCAAUGAGAGGCAGGAGACGGUUAUGGAGCGUAUACAAUCCUCACCCACCUCGUGGUGGGCAACGAGCCUCAGCAUUGUGGUCUGAAGAUGUCGAUGAUCGUCCAGCUCUGGAUUUGGACUCGCACUCCCACACAACAGAACAAGACGUCUCAAACUCACGACCUCACCGCCCUCCGCGUAACCCUCAUAACCCGCCAAGAAGCCCAGACGAACUUGGGCGGAAGGAGAAGGAGGCGGAUGAGAGGGAGAAGGCGGCUGAGCGGAGGGAGCGAGAGGUACGAGAGAGAGAAGAGAAGGUCAUCGAACUACAAAUUCAACACUCCCUCCUCCUCCUUCUCGCCAACCAACGCCACAAGCCAACCCCAGAUAACCUCCUCACAAGCACCUUCCACACAACAGCGGGCACACCAAUGCCUACGAGUACGAGGUAA